AUGAGUAGCCCAUGGAAGCUCGUGAGUCACAGUCCAGACCUCGAGGUGACUGAAGAACGUUUUGCAGAUUUGUCACCUGAGCUCGCAAAGUGCGACAGCCUGGAGCAGCCGUCCCCCGCGUGGUCAGCUGCGCAGCGCCUGGCAGACCGCCUCAGGGACUCCGGACUGCCGCCGCCGCCAGCAGGUGGUGCGUUGGAGGGAGGGGGGUGCGCCGGCGCCCUGGCGCAGCUCCGCCGCCUCACGUGGGGCGAAUCCUUCGAACUCCUCGAGGAGCUCGACUGCCGGAUCGCUGGCGACUGUAUCGACUCCCGCUGUGUACCGAGUAAUACAACAGAUGCGGCGGCUGUCGUGGAUCCUGUUACUACCUCUGAAAAUGUUGCACUUAAUGUUAACGACUUUCCAUCUUUAAAACCUGCAUUAACUGCUGAAAUUCCGUCCCGUGACAGCGAGACUCCCACUAAAAAGCGUCCUCUAGAGGACACUGAAAAAAAUGUUGAUGAGGAAUCUUCCAGUGAAACACCCGUUGCCAGAAAGUCGAAGCCAAGUCCUGUUGGAAGUGAACUGCAGGCCCAGGCGGCUGUUUACCGGGAACGCCUCUCCAGCUACUGGUGGGACUUGGCGCAGCUGCUCUCACUCGGUGCGACGCACUUCUCACAACUGUUGGUUCCCAUCGCAUUCGAACGUAUGGGUAACCACGCAAGUGAUCAGCAACUCCACGGUUGGAUUAGGGACAUGGAACGUGUGAAAGACAUGCUGCGUACGAAAUUAACCGGAUGGGUACAUGACAUGCAAUUAGCCAGCAUACAGGUGGAGCACUACGAGGUGGAAGAAGACAAGGACGGGCCAGGGCACGUGAUACUCAGGACAUUGACGGGAGUUUAUGACGGCGGUGACGAAGCUACAGUGGUGGUGGAUGUGGUUGGAACUUCCGGCUCCGGCAGUGGUGCGGGCGAUGGGGCGGGCCGUGGUUUGGGGCUGGCGACGGUGUUGGCGACAGAGCCAGCGACGCUGCUGGAGAGGGAGUCGACGGUGGCGCAGGUGGCGGCGACGGUGGUGGAGCAUUUGACGGAGGCAGUGGCGAAGGAGCUGCCAGACUACGGCUCUCUGCGGCCGCUGUUGAGUGAACGCCUGCUGCGCUAUCAGCCGUGGAGCCCCUCCUUUGACGACGACUUCAGUGCGCUGUGCAAGGAGCGGCAGCCAGAGGCGUCGCAAAUGUUCAGCCUCGCUGACGAUCUGUACGCCUUCUAUCGUGUCUCCUGGUACACUACAGCUGAGUACAUCGAUACAUUCUACGAAGAUGACGUCAAGAUUGUAGACGAGGAGUGGCAGCUGGAGGACAGAAGCCACGAUACGCUCUCUGUGAACACUGACUGCGUGCAGCUGUUGGUGAACGCCCUGGACCACCCCACGUGUCCGCUGGAAGACCUGCCACUGGAAGCCGUGAAGCAGCGCGAGCAGUGCCGCGAGCAGCUGUGGGACGACGUGGUGCAGAGGUCGCCCCACAUACCCGUCACCAGCUACCUGGCCUACACGCAGAGGAUAAACGUCAACCUCUGUCUGCUGGCCUGGAUGGCGGUCAACUCGUACGGCAUUUGUCAGGACGUCCCGUUUAGUAUGAUACAGUCCGUACACGAUGCUCGCUGCUAUUUCGAUAGUCCUGAUGAUCAAUCAUGUCUGCAGUCGAACGCUACAGACGCCAUCUGUUCUGUUUCCAGAGCUAUUUUGUUGCUGAAGUGUCGUGAUUUUUCCUCCUUUAAGGCUUCUGAUAAUUGUACGCACUUAUAUUACCCACUUCAAAGUUUCCCAGUUGCAUUUACUAAAUCUAUCCGCAUACUGUAUCAAAAGUUAACAGAAGAAACCCUGAACUACAAAAACAGUUUAACCAACGCCACCUUGAAAUACAAGGAUUUUAAAAUCGACAGCUUGAAGCCUUUGGAAAUGUCAUUUAUACUGGUAAAUAUCAUUUUCCGUUUUUCGACUGCCGGAGUAUACAUGUACCUUCCCCAGUUACGUAAUUUGCCUGGGAAGAUACUCUUGUCGUUUCAGAUCACGUGCAUAGUCCAGAUCCUGUGUUCUGAGGUCGUGUAUCGUAUGGCAGGCGUCCCUGACUUACCUACAGCAGUGCUGAUAGACAGCGCCCUCACACUUCUCAGCUGUAUCUGGCUAAACUCAUUCUGCUACCACAUGUAUUCUUGUGUUCGCCAUCUCAGGCUUCCUAACCAGCUACUACCUGCUGAAGUAAGCCAGUUAUUCCGUCGUGAGAUGCUGUGUGUGUUUAUACCGUGGAGUAUAGUAUGUGUGGCAGCUGUUGCUUUGGAAAAGACAAGUAAACAUUACCUCAUCCACAGUCGCAUAGUAGUCCUUGCAGGGAUUUCAGUGUCUGUGGCAUUCAACUUGGUUUGUCUCGGACUGAUUGGAUACAUGUACCUACGUAAUCGGUGCUCCAUGCGGCAACUCGAAAUUGUUGAUAACAAGAAAUUUGCCUCAAAGAAGCAAUAUCUUUUUAUGUCAGUUAAAGCCAUUAUAUUAAGUGGAAUAGGAAUUAUUAUUAGAAUUGGGUUCCACCAAGCUCAGGGAAUAGCGCAGUUAGUGUACUAUAUACAUCUAGCUACGAUGGUGCAAGGACCAGUGCUCUUCGUCUGUUUCGUUUGCAAUGGAACGACGCUCCCUCUACUGAAGAACAAGAUACUUCUUUGGUGGGACCCAACCAACAUCCCUGCAGGUCUAGAGCUGUGUUCGGCAGCCGAGAGGAAUCUGGCCAGGAGAAACAAUGAACAGUCUCCCUUUUCAGAAUCCUCGCUGUAGCCUCCUUCAGUAUUUUUCGCAAAUAACUGUCUCCACACUACACUGCAUUAAACCCAGAAAUAAAAAUGGACUCUACCUGGUAUGACAAUAUUAAAUGUCAUUAAAUCUGAUAUCGUACAGCCAGUACUUCUCUUUCCUAACGUCUCCUUCAUUUAUAACUGUGUGCUUAUUUGUGAGUGGUAGCCUCUGUCUACCUAUUCUAAUGCACUCAGAAUACUUACUAAAAUUGUUGGGAAUUGCUUUGUGUGUACAACAGGCUGCGUCAAUCACACGUCCUGUUAUAUACAAGGAAAACGCAGCAGGUUGUCAGAGGAAUUCCCGUUCGUCAGGGUCAUCUACCGUGGCGAUGGUGCAUUUCUGGACACAUGUUCGUAGGACGUUUUUUCUCCGUUUUCCUUCGAGGAUCUGUCUUUGCAGUUUGUCGGUUUUAUUAAUGUAUAAUGUAUGAUUAUAGUAAAUAACAUUAUGUCUGAAACAAGGAAAUUUUCCAUAUGUGUGUGAAAGAUGUACUUUUACAUGAUUUGUAAUUCAAGUACCAUGACAAGAGACAUUCAGAUACUUAUAAAAUCAAAAGAGAGGGGCCAAUGACUGAAGUGCUGUGUGCAUGAAAGUGUAAAUGGGUUUGUUGAGCUUAUUAGUGGUUCGAUCACAUAGACUGGCUCAAACAGGUAUAGUAAUAAAGUAACACAUGACUUGUUGUGUGAAAUGUGGCUUGAAGUGAACGCAAAGUGUCGAAUGGCAGAGUUAUAUGAGAUUAGCAUUAUUGGGUUUGUGAGACAAGAUGAUGAUUUGUUAAGCUAGAGGUUUGUAAGGGUACUAUGGCAUUUGUUAAAAGUUAAUGUUCCAUGUGCCACUCUUGAGCAAGGAAGAACAUUAC